AUGUCAUACUCUGUUCCCAAGCUCAAGGAUCCUUCGCUCUUUGUGGGCAAGAACUAUGUUGACGGUCAAUGGAUUGAGUCGGUCUCUGGAAAGAGAUUCGACGUCCACGACCCAGCCAGCGGCGCCCUCAUCGGCUCGUGCCCCGAGUCCGUAGCUCAAGAUGCCGAGCAAGCCAUCAAAAUCGCCGCCGCCGCUCUCCCAGAAUGGCGCUCCCGCACAGGUCGCAACCGCUCCAGAAUCCUGCGACGAUGGUACGAUCUAGUGAUUGAGAACAAGGAGGACUUGGCGACUCUCAUCACCUGGGAGAACGGCAAGGCUGGACCAGAUGCCGCCGGUGAGGUCCUCUUUGCUGCGAGCUUCCUUGAGUGGUUCGCCGAGGAGGCUCCCCGCGUCUAUGGCGACGUCAUUCCUCACAGCGCACCUGGUUUCCGCGUUUCGGUCCUCAAAGAGCCUGUCGGAGUUGUUGGCCUCAUCACACCAUGGAACUUUCCCGCUGCCAUGAUCACCCGAAAGCUCGGCCCUGCUCUCGCAGCCGGUUGCACCGCCGUAGUCAAGACAGCCGGCGAGACACCAUUCACCGCAAACGCCCUCCUCGUCCUCGGCGAAAGAGCCGGAGUCCCCAAGGGCGUCAUCAACAGCAUAGCCGCUUUGGACAACACGCCAGAAAUCGGCCAAACCCUCUGUGCCUCCGACGUCGUCCGCAAAAUCUCAUUCACAGGCUCAACGCGCGUGGGCAAGAUCCUCAUGAACCAGUCAAGCGACACCCUCAAGAAACUCAGUCUCGAACUCGGUGGAAACGCCCCGUUCAUAGUUUUUGACGACGCCGACCUCGACCUGGCUGUUGCUGGAGCCAUCGCCAGCAAGUUCAAGUGUUCAGGCCAAACCUGUGUCUGCUCCAACCGAAUCUUUGUCCAAAAGGGCAUUUACAAUGAAUUCGUCCAGAAGCUCAAGGCGGUUGUUUCCAAAUUCCAGGUCGGACAUGGCUUUGAUAGCAAGACAACACACGGUCCCUUGGUUACAGCAGCGGCUGCUGAACGUGUAGAUGGCCUUGUUAAGGAGGCCGUCAAGGCUGGUGCCAAGGUUGAAGUUGGAGGAAAGAGACGCACUGAUCUAGGACCCAACUUCUUCGAGCCUACCAUUCUCACCAACGUUACAACCGAUAUGCGACUAGUGCGGGAUGAAAUCUUCGGUCCUCUGGCCCCCAUCUUCAGCUUCGACAACGAGGACGAGGUCGUUGAUAUUGCCAACAAGUGCGACGUCGGUCUAGCAUCCUACAUCUUUACACAAGACGUCAACCGUGUCGCUCGCGUCACGGAGCUCCUCCACUUUGGCAUGGUAGCUGUCAACACUGGCAUCAUGUCUGACGCCGCUGCUCCAUUCGGAGGAGUGAAGCACUCGGGCAUGGGCCGAGAAGGAAGCAAGUACGGUAUUGAGGAUUAUCUCCACGUCAAGACUGUCGUGACAGGAAAUGUCAACGUAGUGCAUCGGGCAUUGCUGUAG